CUUUGAUCAAAUGCAACAGCUUUAUUAAUCACACUCCCAUCUCCAUUUCCAUUUGCAUCUUCAGCACCACCACGACUCACUUACUUGUACCGGACUGACUGCUCUUCCAUCAAAUCUUUACUACAGAGGCUCAGGCUCAGGGGUCCAUCUACCCAGCCAUCAUGUUUCGCCAUCUCAUGUCCUCAAAGGUGCGCUCCAACGCAGGCUGCUGGACCUGUCGUCUCCGUCGCAAGAAGUGCGAUGAGAAGCGUCCUGUCUGUGAUGCGUGUGGCGCUCUUGAGAUCAGUUGUUUUUUCGAUGAGGAAAAGCCAGAAUGGAUGGAUGGUGGUCCAAAGCAGAAAGCCAUGGCUGAGAAGAUUAAGGCUCAGGUCAAGAAGCAGGCCAGUCAGCGUCGCGAUCGCAAGUAUAUGGAGAUGCUUGAAGCCGGUACUCGCAAUGUCACACUCCAGAAUGAGGGCCAAAGCCAACAGCAGCCUCAUGACGCUGCCAUGUCCGCUGCAUCCGACACGGAUCCUGCUUCGGGCCAUGAGUUUGGGUCGACGCCUGCUUCUAGCAACACUAGCGGCGCCUCGCCCCCUGAUAUGCUAUGGCACAGUCACUUCUCUGUCCCGACUGAAGAUUCCAGCAGCUCAACUGGCGCCAGUACCGAGAUUCACUUCAUCAUGAUCUACCUCGACUACGUCUUCCCUUAUCUCUUCCCCUUCUACCGCCCUCCCAUCUUGGCCGGCGGUCGUGGCUGGGUACUCGACGUACUCCAAAGCAACAAGUCCGUCUGGCAUACAGCUGUGUCCCUUACUUCAUACUUCUUCAGCAUAGUCAUGGUCAAUGGUGCAGUCGAGCAUCAGGAGUGCACAAACCGAAUGGUUCAUCAAUUGCAGUCUCAACUUGAGAUGGGUUUGAGGGAACUGCAGCGUGAGAUGACCGCUGUCAACCACAAGGUCUCCUGCGCCGGCGUCCGAGAUCGCCUCCUUGUUCUACAAGCUAUCCUACAGAUGCUCAUCUUUGAGGUUUCAACGAGUAACAAGGACCACUGGAAGAUGCACCUCGAUGCCGCUAUUACCAUGUUCCAACAAAUCCUCCCGCAAUCAGAGAAAUGGGGCGAGACAUUGGAGGCUCUCUACAGCUACCGUUGGCCACCGCCAGAGAUGGGUCUCCGAAGACCCUUUAGCACUAAUCAAGCUGCCCUUCGCUUCUUUACAGCCAAUGUCCUCUACAUCGAUGUCAUAUCCAGCAUUACACUCGAGCAGGCGCCACGUCUUCAGAAGUACCAAGAUAACAUUAUGCCCAGUUGCAAAACUUACAUCAACCCACAUGAAGUUCGGAUCUCGGGCACACUCUUCAUGGAAGAUUAUGUUGGUCUCAACAACUGGGUUGUGCAGAUCAUUGGUGACAUUGCGGCACUCGAUGCUUGGAAGAAGGACCAGAAGAAAAAGAACUCGUUAUCAAUAAAUGAGUUGGUUCAGCGAGGCAAGAUCAUGGAAGACGCCAUCAAGGGGGGGCUCAGUGUUAUUGAAGCGCAGAUCCAAACAUCGGGCCCAUUCUUCGAUCCCGUGAUAAGCGUUGUGGCAAAUCCUACACAAAAUUACGGCUACGGUGUUGAUACUAAACAAGCCCCUGGCCUUGCGGUCAACAACAUGAUCUGGCUCCAAGCAGCGCUCACAUACCUUCACGUCGUCAUAUCCGGCUGGCAACCGUCUUGCCCAGAGAUCCAAACCUCUGUUUCCCGUAUGACAGAACUCCUUACGACCCUUCCAACCAACGUCUGCCUCCGAACUCUAGUGUGGCCCUUUUGUAUCGCAGGUUGCCUUUCGCCCCCUGAAGACGAGGAUAAGUAUCGCGCAAUGGUGGGGCGUCUGGGCCCAGUCAGUGUGUUCGGCACCAUCAGAGAGGCGCUUGAAGUUAUGGAGAAGGUGUGGGCGAGGCGCGAUCAGAUUGAUGAGAGUUGGGAUGUGGCCAAGUGUCUUCAGAUUCUAGGACACGGAGUUUUGCUGAUUUGAUAUCCUUGGGAGUGAGUUCGUUAAUUGGUUCAGGAUACGAAUAUUUCUUUGCCUCAAUUUCUACUGUGAAAGGGACUCACUUCGUUUUCGUCAUUUCUGGAGGAACAUAUAUGAUGAAUUGGCUUUUCGUGUCUUAUUCCCAAGUGUCACCCCCUUACUACAAUUCGAGACAACUCUUCUGAAGCGGGACCCCGCUUGUAUACUCAGCCUCGUCUUCAAACCUUUUGUGUUUAUCUGUCCCGUAUUCUGUCAGCAACAGUUAUUAUGGCCAGGCGUCAUAGAUCACCAGGUGUUCCCAAACACUCAUUUGCAUAAACCGUCCAAUCUAUUAUAUUCCAAAAGCACGAUUACGCCUGAACUCUUCUCCCGCCGAAGAGUGUCUGUCUCUUCUCGAGCAGAUCAAGAUCCCACCAACCCUCUACUCGCUCUAGCAGAGUCUUGCGCUUCGACCAGACCCUCUCGAGAGGACUUUUCGGUCCACUAUCGUUCAUACGCCCUGGUGAUACCGGAACUGGAGGCAAAGGAGGAAGAUGUUGCAGAGGCUGUGGCACUUCCUUUCUCUUUACUCGGACAGGCGCCGUGGGGGGCCGGGGACACCACGGCUGGCGUGCGCUCUCAGCAUCAGAAGAGUCGCUGUCGAACCGCUUCGCCAUGGCCAUGGUCCCCAGACUUCGCUCCUGGGCCAUCACAUGCGAUCCUAGACUGAUGCCCAGGGCGUUGACCUGCCCCUCACGGCCGCACCCUCAACCCUCGAUGUCCUUGGGAGCAGGGCGAGAGGUACCCUUUGUUCGCUUCCAGAGGCAUCCGGAGGUGAUGGCAGAGAAGGCGAACAGCACGCAGAGUGCAAUGCUGAGGCCCCAGAUGGACUUGAUCUGGUAGCACGAUGCCUUAUCAGGGUCGACCCAGGCGAAAGUGUUGCCACGAGAGUGGUAGACAUUGUGGAAGAGGGAGUUGAUAAAGUUGGCUGUGUUGCCAUCCGAGGGAAACUUGGGGCAUGAGAGGUAACUGACGGGCUUGCCGACAGUGCAGGCGACCACGAUGCAUGCGACAAGAAGCAUGAUAUCGGCACCAGUCGAAAGCAGGAGAGGAAGCAUGCCAUCCCAGUAGAGGAUGUAAGAGAUGGCGAUGUAAAGGGUCGAGAUGCACGCCUGUAUCAUGUUAGUCUGCCACUCUUCGAUCACACCACAUAUACGAGUCAACUUACAACAACCAGUGUUCCAAUCAAGGCAGAAGGCGCCGCAUAAUCAGCGUUGACCAUCUCACCAAUGAAGUUGGCAGUCAAUCCGAUGAUCGUGAUCAGAGAGAUGAACUCCAUGGCUCGCAUGGCAGUCCAGGUGUGCCCGAGGGCUCCGAGAGCAGGCUGCAUCUUGGGCUUGAGGUUUCCAACAGAUUCUGUGUCUAGAGAGAGACGAGGGCGCGACGAGCCAGCUGUGCGCAAAGGAAAGUUUUUGGCGUAGAAAGGGAUGGAGGGGGGUGAGGAAGUUAUUUUGUCUAAGUGAAUGACCCGCCCAAAGAAGAGGCGAGAGAUGGACUUGUAAAAGAAAGAAAGGAUUCGUUAUGAGAUUCGUCUGGUCGUGAGUAAGAAGAAAAAGCCCCAGAGAGGACAAAGGAAACCAAGGAAAUGAGACAAAAGGAAAAGAGAGAGAGAAAUUGGAGUGUUUGUUAUCGAAGUUGUUUGAUGAAGAGAAAAGGAUAUCUCAAUCAGCCCGAUACUCCGUGUCUUUAUACACAAAUCCAAAGUCAAUAAACCUUUCCAAGAUACAAGAAUAACACACUCAGUUCAUGGGUAGUACCUUGUCUAGCCUCGUUUCCAAUUACAGCAACCGCCUACUACCAGCCGCCAUCGCGCUUCACGCUCUCCCACAGACGAUCAUCUCAACCCUGCCGGUUCAACAACAUGAUACAGCAAUUCUCUUGCUGUUCCUGGGCGUCGGGUUUCGUCAGCCAAUGAGGCUUCAGAGGCUUAACGUUGUGGCGGC